AAAACAUUAAAAACGUUUCCUUUUCCUUUAAAAAAAAUACAAACAACAAUUUUUGAAAAAAAAGAAAAACGUAACGAAAAGAAAAUUUUAACGACGCACAGAUAACGAAAGAAAAAAAUUAAACGUAACACACGGAUAAUUAAAGAAACCGAAAAAAUAAGAAAAACAGUGUAAACAAGAAUUGAAAGAAAAUAACUCAAAAGAGAGUUAAAAGAAAAAGUGUUUGAAAAUAUAACAACAGUCUUGCUAAAACAGUUAAAGUGUAAAGAUCGUAUUAAACGAAACAAAUUUAAACCAAAAAAAAAAAGCAAAACAUCACAAACUCAAGGAUUAUAAUUUCAACAAACACUUGGAUUACAAUUUAUUUAAAUUACCUAAAACACAACGAAUUUAAAUAUGCAUUUGCCUGCUGGUCCCACCAUGGUUGCUACUCCCGCCCAAGCCAUGCCUACCAACAACAACAAUAAUAACAACACAAACUCCGCCAGCUCGACUGGUUCCUCUACCCCUGACAACACUUCGAAUGCCGCCAAAAUGCCCAACUCCAUGACCGACAUGUUUGCCAGUCUCCACGAAAUGUUGCAAGAAUAUCACGGUGAAUUGGCCCAAACUGGCUCACCCUCCAUCUUGUGCAGUGCUCUGCCCAAUCACUGGCGUUCCAACAAAUCAUUGCCCGGCGCCUUCAAAGUCAUUGCUUUGGAUGAUGUGCCCGAUGGCACUUUGGUCACCAUCAAGUGCGGCAAUGAUGAAAACUACUGCGGAGAAUUGCGCAACAGCACCGCCAUCAUGAAGAAUCAAGUGGCCAAAUUCAAUGAUUUACGUUUUGUGGGCCGUUCGGGUCGUGGCAAAUCCUUCACCCUGACCAUUACCAUUGCCACCUAUCCAGUGCAGAUUGCAUCCUACAGCAAAGCUAUUAAAGUGACCGUUGAUGGUCCUCGGGAGCCAAGAAGUAAGCAAAGCUAUGGUUAUCCACAUCCAGGAGCAUUCAAUCCAUUCAUGUUAAAUCCUGCUUGGUUAGAUGCUGCCUACAUGACCUACGGUUAUGCUGAUUACUUCCGCCAUCAAGCUACUGCCGCAGCUGUCCAUCAUCCUGCUUUGGCCAAGACUUCACCUUUGCCAAAUGGCCAAACUGUAGUGCCACCAACAUCUGCUGCUGCCUCACCCAAUGAUUAUCAUCAUCCCAGUCAAAUUACACCACCACCAGCUGGUGCUCCUGCCGUAUCAGCAGCCAGUAUGAUUCCAUCGCCUCCUGGUUCCAACUACAGCAUGCCACAGUUCCCAUUCAAUCCUGUGGCUGCUGCCGCCGCCGCUGCUGCUGCCCAGGCUCAUCCUGAUUUGUUGCAUCCUCAUCAAAAGGCUGCUCAUCCUCAUGCCUUCCAUCCCUACAACUUGGCCGGUUUAAGAGCUCGCCCCAAUCACAUGCACAACACCUCUUUGGGCUCCCACUCAUCCACCGAACACAUCAGCCCUGCUCACAUUAGCCCUGCUUCCUCCAGACCUUCGUCAUCCUCACCCACUCAUGCUGCUUUAAACAACAAGUUCAACACCUCCGUAGAAACCAGCUCUCUACAUGAACAAUCUGCUUCAGAUGCUGACUCGGAUGAUGAGCAAAUCGAUGUGGUCAAGUCCGCCUUUGUACCCAUAUUGCGUCCUCAAAUACCCAGCCUUAAUGGCUCCCUCGAGGAUCUGGAUAAAUCCAUCGAUUCAACACGCUCCUCACCCAUCCACAAUAUGGCAUUGCCUGCUCGCAACAGAUGCGACCUUAAGGCUCCCUCCUCCCUGAAGCCCUAUUUCCAUGAAACAACAUCACAACAUUCACGCCACUCCUCACCCGAAACCACCCUGCCAGCUGCUACCAAACUAAAGAGUGCCACCAACAGCCAGAAAACCGUGUGGCGCCCAUACUGAGAAGUUAAUCAGGCGCAAGAUGUCGUCAUUGCUUAUCUUCUCUUAUGGCUUGCCAAGGAAUUGGCAUGGAAACGUAUUCUAAUGGCCAACGAAAGCGACAGCGCUAACGGUCUCUAAACAACAGCUAUCUAACUGAUGGAUUCAGUUUUCCCGAAAGCGCUGGCACAGCAAUCGAGGUAUAUUGUAUGUAGCAAACAACGAAAUUAUUUGUGCUUGUAUGUUUGUUGAAAACAUAAAAGCCGACGGCAAAACAACAGCAGCACAAAUAUUUUUCCUUUUGCACUGAAACAAAAUAUUACCGCCUAAAACAAGAGGAUUUCAAACCAACAAAAAAACCUCUUCAAAAAAUGUGAUAAAACAACCAAAGGAGUAGCAGCUCUUCCUCCUACAACAACUAAAACCCCCCGCCACACCAAAAAAAUGCUUGUGAUAUAGUGAUAAGUUUAAAAAUUAAUUAACCGCCCGCCCGGCUCUCAACAGACCCCCAGGAUUAUUGCUAUGGUCUUUUUCUACAAAUCAAAUAACAAAAAAAAAUUCUCCCCAACUUAAGGAUUCCGGCGAAUUUUUAUGCUCGACUCAUAAAAUCGUACGCAGAGUUCGUUUUCAUUGUCGAUGCAAUAGUCCUACGAUUUCCAUCAAACAAAUUAUCAUUUCCUCGUUGAUUAGUAUUAGAAAGUAACAAAAACCAACUCAAAUUUUAUUAUUUUUUCAAAUGUAAGAUGCAAUUUGACGAUUUUAUUUAGUUAAAAAAUUGUUUAAUGUAUUUGCUCAAACAAGGGAAGUUUCCUUUUAUUUUAUUAUUAUAAUUUUGUAAAUACUCUAUCUUAUUAUUAUUAUUAUUAGCAGUUAAGUUUAAAACAAAUUACGA